AUGCAGUUUUUAUUCAGGUUAAUCGUUUUCUUUUAUGUAUGGGGCAUUUGGGGGGCUCAGGGACAAAAGGAAGAGGAGAGCACAGAGGAAGUGAAAAUAGAAGUUGUGCAUCGUCCAGAAAACUGUUCCAAGACAAGCAAGAAGGGAGACCUGCUAAAUGCCCAUUACGACGGCUACUUGGCUAAAGACGGUUCGAAAUUCUACUGCAGCCGCACACAAAAUGAAGGCCACCCCAAAUGGUUUGUUCUUGGUGUUGGGCAAGUCAUAAAAGGCCUAGACAUUGCGAUGAUGGAUAUGUGCCCUGGAGAGAAGCGAAAAGUGAUUAUACCCCCUUCAUUUGCAUAUGGAAAGGAAGGUUAUGCAGAAGGCAAGAUUCCACCUGAUGCAACAUUGAUUUUUGAGAUUGAACUUUAUGCUGUGACCAAAGGACCACGAAGCAUUGAAACAUUUAAACAGAUAGACAUGGACAAUGAUAGGCAACUCUCUAAAACUGAGAUAAAUAAUUACCUGAAAAGGGAAUUUGAAAAAGAUGAGAAGCCUCGUGACCAGUCAUAUCAGAAUGCAGUUUUAGAAGAUAUUUUUAAGAAGAAUGAUCAUGAUGGUGAUGGCUUCAUUUCUUCCAAGGAAUACAAUGUAUAUCAACAUGAUGAACUAUAG